AUGUAUUUGAAAAACUCUACCAUUUGCUUACAACUUUCUUUAGAUGCUUCUUCAGAAUCUGUGUUGGUUAAGAAAUUUGUUUUAUCUUGUGAUCCUUAUAUGAGAGGAACCAAAAGAACAGACAGAAACAGCCUCUUUAAUUCCUUCUCUCCUGAAUCAAGUAAGUUUGGGUUUGAUGAGGCUUUUAAUUACAAGGAGGAGCAAGACCUAGAUGCAACAUUGAAGAAGUAUUUUCCUGAUAGGAUUGACAUAUAUUUUGACAAUGUUAGUGGAGACGUGCUUGAAGAAGCACUAGUUAACAUGAGACGACACAAUCAAAUAAUAGUGGUUGGAAUGAUCUCACAGUAUGAACUUGAUGAACCUCAGGGCAUUAAAAAUUGGUCAACAUGGUAUAUAAGCAGAUCAAAUUAG